CUGGACAUUGCGAAGGCCUUCGAUCGGGUUUGGCACAAAGCGCUUCUUUCGAAGCUCCCUUCCUAUGGGCUUCCCGAGAAAUUGUGCAAUUGGAUCACCAGCUUCCUUGUAGAUCGGAGCAUCAAGGUCGUUGUAGACGGUGCAUGCUCUGACUACAAGCCUAUUAACGCUGAUGUUCCACAAGGCUGUGUGCUAUCACCAACGCUGUUUCUUCUGCAUAUCAAUGAUAUGCUGCUAACUGGUAACAUUCAUUGCUAUGCGGAUGACAGCACUGUUGUUGAGAGAUACCAACCAAAUCCUCGGGCCAGUCGGGAUCAAAUCCAGUCCGAAAGAGAAGCUAUGGUAGAGCGUGUGAAUCUCACACUACAGGAAGUGUCCGAUUGGGGCGAUGCCAAUCUUGUGAAGUUCAACGCCUCCAAAACACAAGCGUCUCUCUUCACUGAAAAAGGAGCCAGCUCAUCUUGGCUCCUUCUUUCCGAACUGUAUCACUGA